AUGGAUGCGCGCCUGGCGCUGCUGCUGGCCUUGCUCUCGGGCACCGUGACGACGGGCCAGUGCCUGGAAGGAGGGAGCGUGUCCAAGGAGACCCUGGCGGACGAGCCCGACAGCUACCUAGAGAGACUCUCCGACUUGCUGCAGGAGAGUGCGGAUCGCGCCCCUCGGCCCCUCUCCGACGAGCGCCCGCCGGGCACCCUGCUUCGCUCGCUGCUCUACGCCCUGCAGCGAUCCGGCCGCAGCCCCUCCUUCCUGUUCCAGCCCCAAAGGUUUGGCCGAGAGACCCGGGGGAGCUGGGGCAGCGAGGGCCGGCUUAGCCAGCGCGGCUGGGACUCCAUGGCCUCCCAGUUCUGGAGCAUGGCUGUGCCCCAGCGCUUCGGGAAGAAGAAGUGA